UGUGCGGCGGCUUUGCAGCCCUCUCCUUCCCCUCCUCCGGUCUUGCGGAUUCGCACGGCGGAGCUGGAGAAGCGGUGGCAGCAGAGGCAGCCGGGCAGGGAGGCUCUUACAGGCUGGUGCUUCCACCCUGACAUUGCGGACUCGGCUCUCUGCCUUGACAGGGGUGGGUGGGUAAAAUAACCAGCAGUUACAGGCAGCGGCGAGACAGAGGAGGAGAAGGAGGAAGAAGAAGCGGGCGGGGGGAAAAAUAUAAAAAAGAAGCCGUGCGAGGCGACUGUUGAUCGAAAUAUCUGGAAGAUUAACCUUCAUCAGCCAGGAUGGGAAAUGAAGCAAGCUAUCCCCUGGAAAUGUGCUCACAUUUUGAUGCUGAUGAGAUUAAACGACUAGGAAAACGAUUUAAGAAACUGGAUUUGGACAAUUCUGGCUCACUAAGCGUAGAGGAAUUUAUGUCUCUGCCUGAGUUGCAACAGAACCCACUAGUACAGCGAGUUAUAGAUAUAUUUGACACAGAUGGAAAUGGUGAAGUUGACUUUAAAGAAUUUAUUGAAGGGGUCUCCCAAUUUAGUGUUAAAGGUGACAAAGAACAGAAAUUGCGAUUUGCUUUCCGCAUCUAUGACAUGGAUAAGGAUGGGUACAUCUCUAAUGGAGAGCUUUUCCAGGUGCUGAAGAUGAUGGUUGGGAACAAUCUAAAGGACACUCAGCUACAGCAAAUUGUAGACAAAACCAUAAUUAAUGCAGAUAAGGAUGGAGAUGGAAGAAUAUCCUUUGAAGAGUUUUGUGCAGUCGUAGGAGGCCUAGACAUCCACAAAAAGAUGGUGGUUGAUGUGUGACCUCUUCAAGACUCCACCCAACACUUCUGCUUUCUUCUCCAUUUCUGAAGAUCUGCCCAAAUGUCCAGCAAUGCUUUGUGUAUUUAAUGAAAGUAUUUUCUCUGUGAAGCCACUUUUUCCAACAUGAGCCUCAUGAAGCCAACUAAGUGUUAUUGAACUUCAAUUCUCUCAAUAACCCAGUGUAGCACUUUAAAAUCUGAAGGACAGCUGAAAAGGAGCAUCUCAGUGUGGUGAAGGGGCAGGGGUUGGAUUUUUAUUUAUUUCAUUCUCAUCUUUUAUAAUAAGGAAGUAUAUCUAUAGCUUUGUAAAUGUAAAUGUAGUAAGUUGGGCUUCAAUAAACGAUGCAGAGACUUGAUUUAAAAUAAAGUAGUCAACGAAGUGCCAAGCAUGGAUUACACAAACCAUUUUAAAAAUACUUUUGUCAUUGUUUUUAUUUGGUUCCCCAUUAUGUAUUUCAUUUCAUAAUAGAUUAAAAAACUAUUGGAAAAAUAGUUGAUUCUUGUGAGCAGGGUUUACUUAUACUGUUGUUUUGGUAUGUUGACUAUUACUGUAAACAUCACUUCUGAUCACAUGUAAUAAAUGUUCCAUAUUUUGAGUUCCUUUUUAGGGACUCUUUUAGCUAGUUCAUCUUCAGUAAUUCCUCUAGCAUAAUGUAGAUGCCAAGAAUUUUAUUCAAGUAUAAAUGGCAGGAUGGAUUAGGUGGCAGAUCUUUGUAUAGCUAUGGUAAUUUGGUGAGGAUUACCAAUUAGAUAUUUAACCACAAGUCAUUAUCUUUGCAGUUAAAUUGAUUUAACCAAUGAUCCAAUUUGCAGGGAAACUUGGCUUGGGAAAACAGCGUAACCUCCAACUACUUUAUUAAUAAUGCAGUUCAUUGCACCAUGGAUUGAAAAUUGUCUUAAUCUUGUUUCAGAUGGAUGUCUUUUUCAGUUUGAACUCCUGCAUAUUGUCAACCACUUACGAUCUUGAUUUUAGUACAUGUGCAGUGUGAGAGGAAUGAGCUGUUCUAAUUCUUAUCGUUUUUUUGGUUUUUAAAGUAAACAAAAUUUACAAUAAUUAGCUACUUAAUCCAGUCUCUUCAUUUUAAUAUCUGUUGGGAAAAGGUUGGGGGUUAGAUUAUUUUUUUUUUUGCAAAGAUUGUUCAAGCGCCUCUGUACUGUUGCUGUUCCUUCAGUUAAGUGCUGCACACUAGUGGGCUCUGACUAUGCGUGAGAGAUCCAGGUGCUUGGUGUCCUUGCAUGAUCAACUUUUUGCAUGUAGAUUGACUGAAAUGUUCCUCUUGUUUACAUAAAUUACAAUGUUCAUAAAAGUUGCCAAAUGCUGGUAAAUGUUGAAGAAGAAGAACUCCAAUUUUCUUCCUCUGGAUCAGUACAUGGCUUGUAAUUAUAGCCAGUUGUAUCUGCUCCAGUGUCAACUGCCAUGUGCUCUGUUUCAAGGGGAAUCUAGUCUUGUGAAUUUAUUUGUACAUAUUUGUUAGUCAUGUAGGGAAAAUGUUCCCUUUGCUUGUGCAUAAUUUGACUGCAGUCUGAAAUCGUGUACAUCUUUUUCCUUAAUACAAAGGAAUGUUUUUAGUUUUAUGUAGGGGGUGGUAAAAGUGAAUGUUGAGUUUUCUUCUCUGCAUGCUGCAUCAUAUGCGGUGGGACUAUUGGAACCUUCAUACUGUAUAAGUAAAUGGAAAUAAAAUAUUUGAAACUGUU